AUGUCCUACAACGGCGGUUACAGCAACUACAACUCCGGUUACAACAACUACAACAACAGGGACAACUUUGGCGGCCGCGGCGGCGGUGGCCGUGGCGGUUUCGGUGGCCGUGGUGGCAGAUUCCAAAGAAGACCUGAUGAAAGAGAGGAACUUACUACUCCUGAAUGGGACUUGGAUGCUUUGCCUCCUUUCGAGAAGAACUUCUACACUGAGCACCCAGAGGUUGCUGCUCGUUCUGAGAGCGAUGUUUUGGCGUUCAGAAAGGAGAACGACAUGACCAUUGAGGGUCCUGACAUUCCAAAGCCUAUUACUUCUUUUGACGAGGCUGGGUUCCCAGAUUACGUGCUUAGCGAGGUCAAGCAGCAGGGUUUCCCUAAACCUACUGCCAUUCAGUGCCAGGGUUGGCCUAUGGCUUUGUCUGGUAGAGACAUGGUGGGUAUUGCUGCUACUGGUUCCGGUAAGACCUUGUCUUACUGUUUGCCAGCUAUUGUGCACAUCAACGCUCAGCCUCUUUUGAAGCACGGCGAUGGUCCUGUUGUUUUGAUUUUGGCUCCUACCAGAGAAUUGGCUGUUCAGAUUCAGCAGGAGUGCUCCAAGUUUGGUGCCUCUUCCAGAAUCAGAAACACCUGUAUCUACGGUGGUGCUCCAAAGGGUCAGCAGAUCAGAGACUUGGCCCGUGGUGUGGAAAUCUGUAUUGCCACUCCAGGUCGUUUGAUCGAUAUGUUGGAGACCAAGAAGACUAACUUGAGAAGAGUCACCUACUUGGUUUUGGACGAGGCCGACAGAAUGUUGGAUAUGGGUUUCGAACCUCAGAUUAGAAAGAUUGUCGACCAGAUCAGACCAGACCGUCAAACCUUGAUGUGGUCUGCUACCUGGCCUAAGGAAGUCAAGAACUUGACCAGAGACUACUUGGUUGACCCUAUUCAGGUCACCAUUGGUUCUUUGGAGUUGGCUGCCUCCCACACCAUCACUCAGCUUGUGGAGGUUGUCACUGAGUUCGAAAAGAGAGACCGUUUGGUCAAGCACUUGGAGACUGCCACCACCGACAAGGAGGCCAAGUGUCUUAUUUUCUCUUCUACUAAGAGAGCCUGUGACGAUAUCACUUCGUUCUUGAGAGAGGACGGCUGGCCUGCUUUGGCUAUUCACGGUGACAAGGACCAGCACGAGAGAGACUGGGUGUUGCGUGAAUUCAGAAGCGGUAAGUCUCCUAUUAUGGUUGCCACCGAUGUGGCUGCCAGAGGUAUUGACGUCAAGGGUAUCACCUACGUUAUCAACUACGACAUGCCAGGCAACAUCGAGGACUACGUCCACAGAAUCGGUAGAACUGGUCGUGCCGGUACUUCAGGUACCGCCGUUUCCCUCUUCACCGACGCCAACUCCAAGUUGGGUGGUGACUUGUGUAAGAUCAUGAGAGAGGCCAACCAGACUGUUCCUCCUGAGUUGCAGAGAUUCGACCGUCGUUCUUACGGUUCUCAUAUUAGAUACGGACGUGGUGGAGGCCGUGGAGGCCGUGGCCGUGGUCGUGGUGGUUUUGGUCGUGGCGGCGGUGGAUUCCGUGGUCGCCAGACCGGUUCCAACACCCAGCCAUUGGCCAACCGUCGUUUCUAG